CAGUCUGCAGGGAUCAGACUCAGCUCUGCAGUUUCCAAGCAAAAUCAGGAUUACUGCACCCCGGCUGAAGAAAGAAUCUAGAAACAUGCUGUUACAGCUCGCAGCCCUUUUAAUUUUAGGGGCAUGGGGUCUCGCAGAUGUGCCUGAGCUGGGAGAUGUUUGCACAGAGGGGAGCUGUUAUCCUGCCACAGGAGAUCUUCUCAUUGGAAGAGCACACCAACUCUCAGCCACCUCCACAUGCGGACACCAAAAACCUGAGCCUUUUUGUAUCGUCAGUCAUUUGCAGGAAGAGAAGAAGUGCUUUGUGUGCGAUUCCAGGGGAACCUACGAUGAAAGCACGCACCAAGUAACCAGCCACAGAAUUGAAAAUGUCGUGACUACGUUCGCCCCGAACCGCCUCAAGACUUGGUGGCAGUCAGAAAAUGGCCUGGAGAACGUCACAAUCCAGUUGAACCUGGAGGCAGAGUUCCACUUCACACACCUCAUCAUGACCUUUAGAACAUUCAGACCUGCUGCUAUGGUGAUCGAACGGUCGUCAGACUUCGGGAAGACUUGGCAAGUGUACCGUUACUUCGCCUAUGACUGCGAGACCUCCUUCCCCUUCGUCUCUCAAGGACCCAUGACCAAAGUGGACGAUGUUAUCUGCGAUUCCCGCUACUCCGACAUUGAACCCUCAACUGAGGGUGAGGCCAUCUUUAGGGUUUUGGAUCCAGCCUUCAGGAUUGAUGAUCCCUACAGCCCCAGAAUUCAAAACAUGUUAAAGAUCACUAAUCUGAGGGUGAAGUUCACGAAGCUGCAUACUCUCGGGGACAAUCUUCUGGACUCACGUAUAGAGAUCAAGGAGAAGUACUACUAUGCGAUUUAUGACAUGGUGGUGAGAGGAAACUGUUUUUGCUAUGGUCACGCAUCCGAAUGCGCCCCCAUCGAUGGAGCUGGAGAGGUCAUGGACGGCAUGGUCCAUGGCCAUUGUAUGUGUAAUCAUAACACCAUGGGGCUGAACUGUGAGCGCUGUCAGGACUUUUACCAUGACCUGCCCUGGAGACCCGCGGAGGGACGCAACACCAACGCCUGUAAAAAGUGUAACUGCAAUCAUCACUCUGAUUCCUGUCAUUUCGACAUGGCCGUGUAUCGGGCCUCGGGUAACGUGAGCGGCGGCGUGUGCGACGACUGCAAACACAACACCAUGGGUCACAAGUGUGAGCAGUGCAAGCCCUACUUCUACCAGCAUCCGGAGAAAGACAUCCGCGACCCCAACAUCUGCGAGUCCUGUAACUGUGAUCCGGUCGGCUCUCUCGACGGUGGAGUGUGUGAUCCGCUGACAGACGUGUCUCUCGGGCUGAUCGCGGGUCAGUGUCGCUGUAAGCCUAAUGUGGAGGGUGAGCGCUGUGACCAGUGCAAACAGGGCCAUUACGGACUCAGCGACGACCCUCUGGGAUGCCAGCCAUGCACAUGCAAUGCUUUGGGGACAGUUCCAGGUGGAAGUCCAUGUGAUACAGACUCAGGAAACUGCUACUGUAAACGUCUGGUUACCGGAAGGAACUGUGACCAGUGUCUGCCUCAGCACUGGGGUCUCAGUAACGACAUGGAUGGCUGCAGACCAUGUGACUGUGAUCAUGGUGGUGCAAUCAACAACAAUUGCUCUCCAGAAACGGGUCAGUGUCAGUGUCGCGAGCACAUGUUUGGCAGACGCUGCGACCAGGUGGAAUCUGGUUUUUACUUCAUCGCUCUGGACCACUACACUUAUGAAGCUGAGGACGCCAAGUUUGGACCUGGUGUGACGGUUGUCCCGAGACCCCAGCCUCAGGACAGAUCCCCUACUUGGACUGGCAUUGGUUUUGUGAACGUUCCUGAAGGUGCCUAUCUUGAGUUCAGCAUCGACAACAUCCCCUACUCUAUGGAGUAUGACAUUAUCAUCCGAUAUGAGCCUCAGCUGCCAGAGCAGUGGGAGGAAGUGUUGAUGACUGUCAUCAGGCCUCGCGUCAUUACCGCCGACAGCCGCUGUGCAAACACAAUGCCCGACGAUGACAACCAGGUGGUGUCUCUGCAUCCCGGAUCCAGGUAUGUGGUGCUGUCUAGGCCUGUGUGUUUUGAAGAGGGCUUGAACUACACAGUGCGCUUGAGUCUGUCUCGCUACUCGGCUCUCAGUGAUGUGCAGUCGCCGUACACGCUCAUCGACUCGAUCGUCCUCAUGCCACACUGCAAAAACCUGGAUAUUUUCUCUGGCUCUGGGUCAGAGGGUGGAGACAUGGUGACCAACAGCGCCUGGGAAACCUUCCAGCGCUACCGCUGUUUGGAGAACAGCCAAGCAGUGGUGAAAACCCCCAUGACUGAUAUCUGCAGGAAUUACAUCUUCAGUGUGUCGGCUUUUCUGCACCAGGGAGUUAAAGCCUGUCAGUGUGACCCGCAGGGGUCUCUCAGCACGGUUUGUGACCCGAGCGGUGGCCAGUGCCAGUGUCGGCCCAACGUGGUUGGCAGGAACUGCGACAAAUGUGCCCCAGCGACCUUCCUUUUUGGGCCGCAAGGCUGCAGGCCAUGUGAUUGCAGUCCUGAGGGGUCUGUCCACUCCUUCUGCCACGAGGCCAGCGGUCAGUGCGAGUGUAUUCCCGGAGCGUAUGGGCGGCAGUGCGACCGCUGUCUGCCGGGAUACUGGGGAUUCCCUAACUGUCGCCCCUGCACUUGCAAUGGCCACGCUGAGCAGUGCGACCUGCUCACGGGACAGUGUCUGUCCUGCAGGGACCACACCACUGGACACCACUGCAAGAGGUGUUUGAAUGGCUACUAUGGUGACCCCGUCCUGGGCUCUGGAGACCACUGCCGCCCCUGCAUGUGUCCGGAUGGUCCCGGCAGCGGAAGACAGUUCUCCGGCGCGUGUUAUAAGAGCCUCGACUCCAACCAGGUGUUCUGCGUCUGCAACCAGGGAUAUAAAGUGUACCACACCGAGGGCGAGGGCUGCAACCGCUGCAAGCUCGGUUAUCACGGCAAUGCACUGACCCAGAGCUGCAGAAAGUGUGUGUGUAAUCAUAUGGGCUCUGUUGAGGAGACGUGCCCCUCUCCGGGUAACUGCAACUGUGACUUGAACAGCGGUCAGUGUCAGUGUCUUCCUAACGUGGUGGGCCAGAACUGCGAUCAGUGCGCACCGGACACCUGGAAUAUGGCCAGCGGGAGAGGCUGCGAGGCCUGCGAUUGCGACCUCAACCAUUCCUUCAGCUCGUCCUGCAAUGAGAUUAUGGGCCAGUGCUCUUGUAAACCCGGGUUUGGCGGCAGAACCUGCCGAGAGUGUAGAGAGCUGUUCUGGGGAAACCCUGAGGUCAAAUGCCACGCAUGUGACUGUGACCCAAGAGGCAUCGCGGAGCAGCAGUGCAACAAGGUCACAGGUCACUGCGUUUGCGUGGAAGGUGUUUCCGGGCCUCGAUGUGACACGUGCGCUCGAGGCUACACAGGCGAGUUCCCACACUGCAAGCGCUGCCACCAGUGCUUCGCCGAAUGGGAUGUAAUUGUGGGCGACCUCACCAACCAGACCCACAGACUGGUCCAGAAAGUCAAUACCAUCAAAGCCACCGGCAUUACGGGACCCUACCAGGCCACCAUCAAUAACGUCGAAAGCAGCGCCAACUCGAUCCGCAACAUCCUGGCCCAGAAUCCAGCCACUCAGCCUCUAACGGAGAUCCAGGGACUUCUCGAACAAGCAACUGCCUUGAUGGCUGAAAUGAACACCAACCUUAACCUGACAGAGGAGACCUUGUCCGAGAUCUCAUCCGACAACAACAGCACGGACACCAAACUGAAGUCCCUCAACGAAGAAGCUCAGAAACUGGAACAGACGGUGAAGGACCUUCAGAAGCAGGUGGAGUUUGUGAAGAAUUCAGACAUUCGAGGGGCCAGAGCCAGCGUGACUCGAUACUAUGAGCAGUCCCAGAUGGCAGAGAUCCGUGCGAAUGCCUCCACCAUUGACCCAGACAACCUGGUCAAUCAGUCUGCCACCCUGCGGACAGAAACGGAGGACUUGAUGAACCAGACCAAAGAAGAGUUCAUUCAAAGGCAGGACGAGUUUGCGAAGAAACUGGACAACCUCGCUGGACAGCUGGAGACUCUGGACCUGACUGAUCUUAGCGAGAAGACAUGUGGCAGUCCAGCUGGCUCAGAGAACUGUGCCGACUCUCCCUGCGGAGGCCUGAGCUGUGUGGAUGGGGAAGGAAACAGGAAGUGUGGAGGAGAGGGAUGUGAUGGCCUCGCCACGCUGGCCCACAAUGCCUGGCAGAAAGCCAAGGACUUUGACCUGGAGAUUAUCAGCGCUAUGGAGGAAGUGGACAAGCUCUCCAAAAUGGUGUCAGAGGCAAAGGUAAAAGCAGAUGAAGCAAAGCUUAAUGCUCAAGAAGUGCUGGCAAAAACCAAUGAGACCAAAAAGCGUGUGGAUGGAAGCAACGAGGAGCUACGCCAACUCAUCAAACAGAUCCGAGACUUCCUCACUCAAGAUGGAGCGGACCUGGAAAGCAUCGAGGCUGUGGCCAAUGAAGUUCUGCAGAUGCAGAUGCCCACCACUCCGGCCCAGCUGCAGAACCUGACCGCAGAGAUCAGGGAGCGUGUGGGCAGCUUGACAGAAGUCGAGGACAUCCUCAACCAGAGUGCCGCUGACAUACUGAGAGCAGAAAGCCUGCUGGAACAAGCCCGCAAGGCCAGGAAGGAGGCGACAGAUGUGAAAGACACAGCUGAGAUGGUGAAGGAGGCCUUGCAGCAGGCUGAGCGCGCCCAGAGUUCAGUAACCGAGGCACUGAAACAGGCCACUGCUGACAUCAAGGGAACGCAAGACUUGCUGGUCUCGGUGGAGUCUGAGACGUCCGACUCGGAGCUAAAACUGAGUAACGCCACCCGAAGGCUCCUGAAGUUGGAAAGCGAUGUAGUUCUGCUGAAAGAAAAGGCUCUCAACACCUCCACCAGUGCCAACAGCACAGAGAAAGAGGCCGAUAGCAUCAACGCACUGGCUGAGCAGCUCAAAAAGGAUCUGGAUUCAGAGCUGAAGGACAAGUACAGUAGUGUCGAGGAGCUGAUCACACAGAAGGCCGAAGGAGUGGCAGAGGCCAAGAAAAGAGCAGAGAAACUCCAACAGGAAGCCAAAAAUCUGCUGCUACAGGCCAGCGACAAACUUCAGCUUCUGAAAAAUCUUGAGAAGAGCUAUGAUGAAAAUCAGAAGCUGCUGGAGGACAAGGCCAAUGAGCUGGUGGAUCUGGAGAAGGCUGUGAAAGAACUGCUUCAGGAGAUCAGUCACAAAGUCACCGUCUACAGCACCUGUCUGUUUUAACGCUACUACUGACUGCUUUAGGAAAAUAUAUUAAAUUACCUUCUAUGUGGAAUCCCUGAGAAGGUUUUGUGAGUUUUACAUCUGUUACAGCUACAGUUUUACCCAUACGUUUAUAUUUGAUCACUGUAUGAAAGAGUGUCUCACACUUUUAUGAACACAAGAGAAUGUAAUGUGGAUUUUAAAACAUAGCAGACCAAAGAGUGAAUGUAAGAUAUGCCCAACAUAACUAUGAGACUGCAGUUACAUUGACCUCAUUGUUUCAAUUUUAGAUUAAAGUUAAAAUAAAAAGUAAAAUAAUAUAAAUGUGAUUUUUUUUGGUUACUGAUAUCUGGACCAACAUGAAAAUUCAAUCAGAAUAAACUCAAGUUAGUAAUACAGUGUGAAACUGUGUCAUUGUUCCUGUGUGAAUUUGUCUCAUGUUAAUAAAAUACAAUCUGAGGAAAUCAAUCAACCUGAGGUUUCAUCUUAUCCAGAUAGAAAUUUGUUACCCAUUCUCAAUGGGAAAG